UACUGCCACUGCUACCCAACCUACAAUUGGCACAAAUCCAUUAGGGUCAACUGCUCCAUUUGGUGGUGGUAUUUUAGGAGGAACUGCUGCAACUACCACAACUACUAGUUUAUUUGGAGCCACACAAACAGCUCCUUCUUUUUCAUCUUCGUUGUUCCCCACUGCAACAACUACAAGUUCGGCUUUUCCAACUCUAGGUCAAACUUCUGUUAGUUCUGCAGCUCCUGGUGGAUUUUCUUUUGGUGGUUUUGGAAAUACAGCUACUAGCUCUUCAUUGUCAUUUGGACAAUCGUUAUCUUCUGUUUCAACAACACCUUCAACUCUUACUACUCCUUCAGUUGGCCUAGGAGGUGUUGAUAUUCAAACAGCUACAGGUUUAAAUGGUGCAUCGACAUCGCAAAAGAAGGAUGGCAAAGCUGUAAAAGAAACACAAAUUCCAAAUGAGAUAUCUGUUACUGUAGAAUCUUUCAAAAAGUAUGUCAAAGAACAAAAAGCCAUCCGUGAAGAGAUGAGUCGAGUGUCAAGUAAAAAUAUUUUCCGUGUUCAGGAACAAGUAGUUGCCCUUAGACAGCAGUUAUCUGUUGUUUCAAAUGGUCUUCAAAGGAAUGCAAUAGCUAUUGCAAAGCUGAAGGAAGAAUCAAAUCAAGAAUUAAAGAAUGCAGAAAUUGCACAGAGGACUAAAGAUUCUCCUUCUUCACUACAAUAUGAAAAUAAUGCUCCAACUGAGUAUUUUCAUAAUCUGGCUAAUUCCUUUGAAAAGCAGAUGCAGUCUUACAGGCAACAAAUUGAACAGCUUGAAAGACAACUGUUAUCAUUGUCACAGCCAUAUACACUAACUCCAAAUGAAUGGACUGCGAUUAGACGGCGGUUGCAUGAUGUAUUUGUGACGUUAGCUGCACAGUUACAAACAAUUCAUCAAGAAGUCCAGGUAUAUAAAGAACAUUUUAUCAACAAUCAAAGACUGAAUCAUGGUGAUAUCAGAAAUUUGUUGCAAAAUCGCAAGGACAGCUUGCGAGAUAAUGCAGUAAAUACGCAGCUUCUUUCUUCUGUUACAUAUGGCCCUUCUCCAUUUGCUGCUGUGCAGAGUGCUGUAGGCAAAGCAAUUACUAAUGUAUUUGGUCGUUCACAGCAAUUACCAGGUGGUAGUACAACACUAGGAAACCUGGGCUCCUCUGGAUUUGAUAGUGGUCAGUAUUUAAAGCCUUUCUAAGCAACCCAUUCUCAUCACUUGUAAAAAUACAAUUAAAUUAGAGAGACAUCAUUUGUUAAAUCUAUAAUUUUGGUAUUUUUGUUGCAGUAGUAGUUGAUGACGUUGAUCAUUAAAUUUGUGAUAGUUAUUUUUUUUAGUGCAUA